CACACACACACAUGCGCACACUCAUACAAACAGCUGGGUGUCAGUCAGUCAGCAGGGUGAGCUUGUGACAGUCGUAUUGUGCCUUGCUAGGCCCUUGUUUUACGUUUUCUGUUCGCGAGAGUCUGUGUGUAUCCUGCAGCAGGUGUGAGGAUGCCUUCUGCUUCCACUCUGUUCGGCGCCUCGGGCAACAAGAUCCAGGCCGAGAGCACGCAGGCUGAUGGCAAGACCUACGAGCAGCUGAGGCAGGAGUGCCUGCAGAGGAAAAAGCUGUUUGAGGAUCCUGAUUUCCCCGCCAAGGACUCUGCUCUCUUCUACAGCCAGAGCGUCCCCGUCGACUUUGAAUGGAAGAGACCCGGGCAAAUCUGCAAAGAUCCCAAGUUCAUUGUUGGAGGAGCGGACAGGACAGACAUAUGUCAAGGACAGCUAGGAGACUGCUGGUUGUUAGCAGCCAUCGCCUCACUGACGCUACACAAAGACAUCCUGUCGAGGGUCGUACCACCUGACCAGAGUUUUGAUCUCGGCUACGCCGGCAUCUUUCACUUCCAGUUCUGGCAGCAUAACCGAUGGCUGGACGUGGUUAUAGACGACAGACUGCCAUGCGUGAGGAACAGUCUGGUGUAUCUCCAUUCUGCCGAAAACAACGAGUUCUGGAGCGCACUCCUAGAGAAGGCCUAUGCCAAAUUGAACGGGAGCUACGAGGCUCUGAAGGGAGGCAGCACCCUAGAGGCCAUGGAGGACUUCAGUGGUGGAGUCGGGGAAGUGUUUGAAACCAAGUCUGCUCCAGCAGACCUUUUUGUCAUCCUAAAGAAGGCUCUGGACAGAGGCUCAAUGAUGGGCUGCUCCAUAGAUAUCACAAGCUCAGCUGAAUCAGAAGCUCAGACAACCACAGGCCUGGUCAAAGGUCAUGCCUACUCCAUCACCGGCCUGGCAGAGGUGAACUACAGAGGGUCAAAAGUGCGACUGAUCCGUGUCAGAAACCCUUGGGGUCAGGUGGAGUGGAAUGGCCCCUGGAGCGAUAAUUCCAGAGAGUGGAGUGUUGUGGAUAAAGCAGAUAGAGUCAGACUGCUUGAAAACGCCACAGAUGAUGGGGAGUUCUGGAUGGAGUUUGAGGAUUUCAAGUCAAACUACGACAGGGUGGAGCUGUGUAACCUGACUCCAGACUCUCUGUCAGAUGACACCAAGAAGAAGUGGAACGUGAACGUUCUGGAGGGUAGCUGGAUUCGGGGCUCCACUGCUGGAGGCUGCAGGAACUUCAUUGACACCUUCUGGACGAACCCACAAUUCAAGAUAAAGCUGGAAGAUGUGAACCACACAAAUCAGUGUGGUGUCAUCGUGGCCCUCAUGCAGAAGAACCGGCGCAAACUGCGCUCUGAGGGGCUUGACCUGGAGACCAUCGGUUUCGCUGUCUAUCAGUGCCAGGAUAACGAGGACCAUGCAGAAAAAGAUUUCUUCCGCUUUAACCCUUCGAAAGCACGGAGCCGCACCUACAUCAACACACGUGAAGUGUCCGAGCGUUUUUUCCUCCCUCCGGGCAGCUACCUGGUGGUUCCCACCAUCUUCCAGCCCCACAAGGAGGCUGACUUUCUGGUGCGGGUCUUCUCCGAGACCAAGGCUGGAGCACUGGAGAUGGGCAACACUGUCCAGGCUGACCUACCUGAUCCACCGGAGCCGUCCAAACCCGAAGAGGAGACAAAGGAGGAAAAAGGCCUGAGGAAGCUGUUUGAACAGAUCGCUGGCUCUGACCAGGCCAUCAGCGCCCAGGAGCUGCAGGGCCUCCUAAACGGAGUGCUGAGCAGGAGGAAAGAGAUCAAAUUUGACGGUGUCAGUCUGAGCACAUGCCACAGUAUCAUCAACCUGAUGGACGUGGAUGGUUCAGGAAUGAUUGAGUUUCAGGAGUUUAAGGUCUUCUGGGAAAAGAUGAAGAAAUGGAUGAUGUUGUUCCUGUCGUUCGAUACAGACCGGAGUGGAACCAUGUCUACUUAUGAGCUUCGGUCUGCUCUCAAAUCAGUAGGGAUGCAACUGAAUAAUCAACUCCUUCAGCUGAUGGCGUUGAGGUUUGGAGAUGAGAAUUUCCAAAUCGACUUCGACCAGUACCUCACCUGCAUCGUCCGCCUGGAGAGCAUGUUCCGAGUUUUCCAAGCCCUGGACACACAAAAUAGAGGCGAGGUGACCAUGAACUUUCAACAAUUUUUGUUGCUGUCCAUGAAUGUGUGAAGGAGAGAAACAUGAAUGAAUGAAUGAAUGUAUAAAACGAAACCUGAGGAAGUGACCCUGGCCCAUGUGUUGCUUAAAGAACUAUUCUGUAUUAUACAAGUUGAACAGCGUUGAGUCGAAGACCUUCUUGACCAGAAGUUGGACUCUAAAUCUGCUCCUGCACAUGUUAAGGUCUUUACAUGUUUGCUUUAGUUUCAUUUGGCCGACUGUGAAUCAUUUUUUCCCCAGAUUUUUAGGUGACUUGUGCUGAGAAUAAACGAAUUCACAAAUAAAUUUGGUAAAAUCUGUGUAAAUGAUUCCUCAAGAAUAAACAUAAUAAAGUUGACACCUUAAGAUGGA